CUGCCCCCUCCUUUCCAUUGCCCUCUAUCCCUCCCUCUGUUGCUCUGUAACUUUUCUUCCCUCUCCUGUCUUCUUUCCCUUUGCUUGAAUGGAGAGGCCGGGCUCUCUGGAACCUGCACCCCCUUUGCCUGGUGCAGAGCCUGUUGCUCUGGUUCAUGAUGCCAAGAUGGAGGUACCUCCUGUGGAUAAGGGGGCAGAAUUUGCCAGCUCCAAACUGUUUUGGUGUGCAUGUGUAAAGCGCUGGCUGCCACUGGCUUACAGAGAAGAACUUUACCAUGUCUUACGGCUCACAGGACCCCUGCUACUGUCCCGGAUUCUGAACUUUCUCCUGCCGUUUGUUAUCACCAUUUUCUGUGGCCACAUUGGAAAUGCAGAACUGGCUGGAUAUGCCCUCGCCUCAGCGACUAUCAGUGUGACCACAACUGCUACAGGCUAUGGCCUUACGAUGGCUUGCGACACCCUCAUCUCUCAGACUUACGGCAGCGGGAACAUGAAGCGUGUGGGAGCUAUCCUUCAGAAAAGUAUCCUAAUUCUGCUUUUGUUUUGUUUGCCUUGUUGGGCUCUCCUUGUCAACUCCCACAACUUACUGCUCCUUCUCCACCAAGAGCAAGAAGUGGCCAGAAUUGCUCAUCUGUAUAUCAUGAUUUUUCUUCCUGCUGUUCCAGCAAUGUUUUUGCAUCAACUGCAGGUUUCUUAUCUACAAAACCAGGGGAUCAUUCUACCUCAGAUGUACACAGCUGCAGUGGCUAACAUUUUCAACUUGGGGAUCAAUUUUCUCCUUAUUAAUGUGCUCAAGCUGGGUGUAAUAGGAUCAGCAGUUGCUAACAGCCUUUCUCAGAUGAUUAUUUGCCUUCUCUUGUUUGGCUACAUCUGGUGGAAGAAGCUCCAUCAACAGACAUGGGGAGGCUGGUCCACUGAAUGCCUGCAGGGCUGGGGCGCCUACAUGAAGCUGGCUAUUCCAAGUGCUUUUAUGAUCUGCUUUGAGUGGUGGGUCUGGGAGGUCGGAGGUUUUCUUGCAGGUUGGCUUGGAGAAGCUGAUCUGGCAGCCCAGCAUGUGAUGGUAGAAAUAGGAGCCCUUACAUACAUGUUUCCUUUAGGCGUCCAUGUUGCAGCCUGCGUACGUGUUGGAAAUGCUCUGGGGGCUGGCAACACAUCCAGAGCAAUAGUCACUUGCAAAGUAGCUCUAGUUCUGUCAGGAGGGCUUGCUGUAUUCCAGGGGUUCAUCCUUGCUGGCUGUAAGUCCUUCGUUGGCAAAAUAUUUACCUCAGAUGCCCAAAUUAUCCAGCUUGUGUCAAACAACUUGACAGUUUACGUAUUUCUUCAAUUCCUUGAUGCAGUUCUGUGUGUCUGCACAGGAAUUCUUGUUGGAUGUGGGAGACAGAAAAUCGCUGCCGUAUCAAACCUGGUGUUUUACUAUUUCAUCGGCCUACCAGUAGGAGUGGCACUAAUGUUUUGGGCACAGCUGAGAGUAUUAGGUUUGUGGCUGGGUCUCCUAAUUUGUGUCUUUAUUCAGACGGGUUUUUUCCUCGUUAUAAUAUUUAAAACUGACUGGAAAAAGGUCACAGACAAGGCUCAAAAACGAGCUGGGAAAACUGUGGUAGUCCCCCCCGUGCGUCCAGUCAGUACAGUUCUGAAUGAAGCAAUCUUACCAGAUGUCAUUGACUGCCCAGAUUCGGCCCAGGAAAAGAAUGAAACAGCCUUUGGAACAGAGGGCUACAGUCGUGUUAAUACCCAUGAUCAGGAGCUGAAGGGGGGGUAUGAGUCAGAAGAAAACUCCAGAGGUGCCGCUGUACCUGAGAGAGACGCUGAAAAGAGCAAGGAAUGUUCUGUCACUAAAUCCCCAGACAGGCUGUCCACCUCUCAGCUGAUCAUGCGUCGGGGACUCACAUUGCUAUCUACAGUUCUCAUUUUGAUCACAGGAGUUGCAUUUCACAUUGCUUUUCCUGUACCAGAACCCCAUGCCUCUAAUAUGGCCAACUUCACCUUAAACUGGGCUAAUUACUCCACUCCUACACCACUGAAUGCACUAAACCCAACCACAAGCUUGUAAGCAACUUGAAAUGGAGACAUCUGCUGACUGCAUGUGGUUGUUGCUCUGGCACUCUAUUCAGCAAAUGUCUUGUUGUAAAGAUCACUUCUAACCCUUUCAAUAUGAGGAGCCAGGCUGGGCUCACAAGUUUUGGUGCAAAUUUAAACCAGCACACUAUGAAUAGAGUGCCAAAAAUACUGCAAUGUGAUAAAUAAAUCUUUAAGUAAUGAUUUAUACCUGUAAUAGUUUAAAUUAAAACAAAAA